AUGGAUGAUUCAGAAGGGUUUACAGUGGAGGAGAAGAAGACUCCUAAUUCUAUCGAAGUAAGCUCAUAUGGUGUUUAUCACAGAAACAAAAAAAUUUGGCCAACACUGAAGCCGUUUGUUAAUGGAUUCCUGGCUGGACAGCUCACAUUACUUGGUUGCUAUGGUGCUUACUGGUCUGCCAAGUUAACGUUGUAUGUUGCUGAAGAAGCCCAUGAUCACCGUAAUGCUGCCAAAAUCAGGACUGCCUUACAUGCGGUUAGGAAGAAUUUGCCACAUUGGAAGCUUUUUCAAGCGACUUAUGCAACUGCACAAUUUGGAUCAUUCGACAUUUUAACGAAAAAGGUUGAAGCUGCGAAUGGUGGCCUGCGUUUAACACUCUACCAAGAAGCUUGUUGUGGCCUCAUCUCUGGCGGUAUUGCAGGCAGCUUUUAUUAUCCAUUUGCUUCUCUAAGAGCUAGCUCUUCGCAGUCUGCUGAGACACAAAUCAACUACAGAAACUUGUUUGCUUCUCUCUCUCAUAAAACUAGAAGCGAAGGGCUCUUUGCAUUGUGGAAAGGCUCAGGUUUUUAUGUAUCCAGACAAAUGGUCAUGAAUAUGGGCUUGCUAACAUCAUAUAGCCGAAGUGUGGGUUAUUUUAGUGAAUCUGUUGGUUUGACCAAAUUUCAAGCACAAUUAGGUGCUGGAAUUGUUUCAGCUUUCUUUGCAGCAGCCUGUGGCUGCCCAUGGCCUCACAUUGCCGCAAUUAAGCGUAUGAUUCAAGCUGAUGGAGGCAGAAAGCAUUCACACAGAGAUGCUCUAUAUUGUAUCUGGCAAGUUUUUCGGCCUGGAGGACAAUUCAAGAUCUAUUCAGAGAUUUUCAAAUCUUUUCUUCGUUUCACCCCUUAUUACGUGAUGCAAUGGCUGAACCUGGAAGAUGUCCGGGCACUCGUGGAAGAAAAGGGAUUAUAGCAUCAGAACAGUUCAUGGUAGAUGGAUGGGGAGAUAUGAAACCUACAUCCAAACUAAUGUCAAAGGCACUGAAAGAAUACUAGUAGCUAGUCUGGGGGCACAAUUCUGACAGCUGCCAAGCCUGAGCUUUUAAAAUUUGUCAAAUUUGGCGAAAAACCUCUCCAACUGCGUUUGCAUCAUGACAUUUCAUUAUCUUCGAAAAAUUUUCAAGGACCUGCUGCCACUUAAUCUUAUGAACCUUCCUCAUAUUGUAAGAAUCCUUUGUUGCUUCACUUGCCCUCCAGCAUUCCAUUUUGUUCCAACAGGGACCAGGUGCAAAGAUUCCUUAAACAAGAACAAUUUUGUAACUAUUUCUUAAAGCAAGA